UUUUGUAAAACGCUUCAAUUUUUUUUUCUACUUUCAUUCAAUCAGUUUUAACCUUUUUGUCUUCAAUUUAAUCAAUCUAAAGUUCACAUUCAUCAAUAAUUAAAGUACCAGUAAGAUGACAACGUUAGCAACUCAAUCGUGUGGAAAACCGUGCAACGAAGAUGCAGACUUUACAGUAACAUUUCUCAUCAAUUCCUUGACACUUACAAAUGAGUCCAAAUAUUCAGACGAUGAAAAACUUCUGACAGUAACAUGGGAUGGGAAUGUCUUUCGGUCAACGGCAAAAGAAUCGAUGGAAGAAUUUAAAGGACGUCGUCAAGUGCUCUACAUUCAUUGUACUCCAAUGCAAUUAAAUCGAAAAUUAAAGUCAAGUCCAAUACUCAUGAAUCUAACAGCAUUUUGUGAGGAUCUUGGUACGGUGAAAUUUCCAUUAACCGAUUGCUUUUGCGAUGCCAUUCUCUGCACGGAUUUCAACUCUCAAAUAUUGAAAAAUGAUUUUAAGUUCGUAAAAGAUGCAAUUGAGCAUGGGGCGAUGGAUAUUGAUUUGAAAAUUGAGCGAAUGGAUAAUCAACAAAGCAUAUUUGAAGCUAUAAAAAAGACUCAAUUGAAUGCAUCGAAGAGAAAUCGAAGGAAGUCAAAAGCACAAAGUGAUUCAGAUGCUGACGAUGAAGAUGAAACUUUAUGUCAAGUUGACUUUCCAUGUCCAAAUGAUAUACCCGAGUACUGCAAAAAGCAUCUUGAAAUUGGCGAGCAUUCCUAUCGGAUAAUUAAUGGACAUUUGAUGAAUGUUAAAGACAAGAAAGGAUUUUGUGGUGAUAUUUGUGUUACUGCUAUGAAAUACUGCAAAGAGGUCGGGAAACAAUCAGCACCGAAGAAGAAUUCAAGCAUUGAUUUGCAGAAGUUGUUUAGGAAAAAGACUGAGAAUGUCCCGAAGGUUCCGUCAAGAAUUUUUGAUGAUAUUUCAAAUUGGAAGUUUUGUAAGAAAUUGGAGAGUCAAAAGAUGAAGGCAGCUGGUGGAAAUUUCAAUGCUAGAAAGAUGUCAAGUGAUUGUGCAGCUCAGAAAGGUUUCGUUGAGAAGAAAAAGGCUAAAAAUCGAACUCGAAAUGCUAAAGUUUGUUGCAACAACUGCAACUCGCUUCUUCCUAGCAAAUCUCCAUCACCACAGCCAUCUUCCAACGAUUCAUGCAACAAUGCACGGACGGAAUUCAUAAAGCAAAUGAAAUGCAAAGCUGUGGGAAAAUAUUCAUAUGAAUUUGGAAAUUCAUAUCCAUUUCAUCGUUCGUCAUGCAGCGUCCCAAAUGUUUGUGAAAAAGUCCCAAGUCGAAUGGGAUGGCGUCACGAUAAAGUCGAACUAGAUUCAAAUCACCACAAAAGCUGGCGUCCUGGUCAAAUCAAUAAAAUCGUGCGAAUUUUAAUGAAGCAUUUUUUGAGGCCAUAUCCAUAUGAUACAAUUUGUGCGCCGAAAUUUCCAGAAAAAAGAGACAACAAGGAUGAAAAGUGUAUUGAAACUUUAAAGCCAACACUUCAAGUAUCCAAACAAGAUGGAGAAGUUUCAAUUUUAAUGCGACCUCUAAAAGACAAUAAACAGCUUGCGACAGAUUGCAAUCCUUAUUUGAAUUGCUCACCAUUAAAAUUCCUCAUAAAGCGACAUCCAGAUGAGAUAAAAAUGCAUCAGGCACGAAAACUAAUGAAAUCACGUGGCUUCCAAAAGAAAUGCAAUUGCAAUGACAUUAAAUUAUGCCGUUGCAUAAGUAGCAUACGGAAAGAAAUGUUCAAAGAUGAAAUGAAAAAAGUUUCACGAGAAUUGAAUAUGAAGACUAAGAUGCAAUAUGAGGAUGUUCAUGACUCGAGUGACAGUGAAAUUGAUUUUGAAUUUACUCCACCAACCGUUUUGAAUUCCAUGAAUAAAUGCAGACCUGAUGUUGCACAUACGGGUACUCAAUAUGAGUUCAAGCAUUUCUUAGUGACGAAAAAGGAGAAAUCAAAAUAUUUGGAGACGAAUCAGCCUUCGGGAUGUGUUGAUAAAUUAAAAAUGAAGAAAUGAAUUUUUUAA